CCGGGGCGGAGCGGGGCCCCCGUGCGCGGCCCGGCCCGGGCCAUGACCCCCGCUGCUCUCUCCUGCAGGCUCGCCGCCGCGGCCCCUCGAGCCCGGCCGCCGCCACCACCAGCGCCCGGGCGGGCCCUACAGUGAGCCCACCAGGAAGCGAUGAGGACACAGACGCUUGUAAAUACACAGUGACUGAUUCAAGGGGCAGGCUGCGGAGGCGCCGACAUGGGGCUCAAGCUGACCUGCCUGAAAGGCUUAAAACUGUGUGUCAGCGGCAGCAGCCACGACGAGGCCCCCGUCCUGAGCGACAAGCACCUGGAUGUUCCCAACAUCAUCGUCACCCCGCCGACCCCCACGGGCGUCAUCCUGCCGAGGGACUCCCGCAGGGCAGUCUGGCUGGAUGAGUCGGGGUCCUGCCCAGAGGAUGGCGAAAUAGACCCUGAGGCCUGAGAGGAGGAGGCACAGCUGGGGGAUUUGUCCACCUCGGCUCCAGCUCCAGCUGUCCCUCCCUCUGCGAGCCCCGGGGGCCUGGGACAGAUGGGCACGGAGUGCAGAACAACGGGGGCUCCCGACCCAGCGAGGCAUCAGGAUGAGCAAGGAGUCGCCCCACCCACUCGCAGAGCCACGUGAUUCCCAGACUCUAGCGCCUGCCUGAGCGUCCUCGCCAGCCUGGGUCACGGCGAUGGCCAUCGGGGUGCCAGCGGGAGGCUUUCUCCUGGACAGACGUAGACGCCUGGUGCCCAGGAGGUCAGCACACACAAGGACUUCUUGCAAAGGACUGGCUCCAUUUUUUACGCGUUGUCUUACAGACAUUGAAACAGUCCAAAAAGCGAUUUAUAACUUCUUUUUUGCAUCAUAAAUAAAGAUCCCGUGUCAAGAGA